CUUUUCUCAUGUCCGUCAGUGGAAAAAAAUAAAUAAAUAAAUAAAAAGGAACAUAAAUUUUAUAGAUACCCACUUUCUUCACUAUCUUAAAUUUUGACACAUUAUAAACAUGAUUCCAUUACCUUCGGAUAAAAAAUUCAUCCAAGAAAUAAGCCAAAUACGUAAAAAUAAUGCUGAUUAUGAUGUUAUUUUUAUUGUAGGCAGGAAACCUUCUAAAAGAAUGAUUGGUCAUUCUUUUGUCUUGAAAGUUAGAUCAGUUUACUUUCAUAAUAAAUUACAUUCUAUGGAUGAAAAUGAAGAAUUUGAUAAAUUUGAUCGUUAUCAAUUUAAAUUUCCCGAAUAUACUUUUGAAAUAUUUGAUAAAAUCUUAAGUUUUAUCUAUAGUAAUGAAAUUAAUGUUUCAACCAUGAAUUCAUUACCUUUGUUGAACUUGAUGAAAGCUGCUAAACGUUUCCAACUAACUGACAUGGUCGAAUAUCUUCAAGCGUACCUUAUCGAAAAUCAAUCAAGUUGGAUCUAUGAAAAUAUUUUUACUGAAGCAUUUGAUAACGAAGAAUCUCAACAACUACAAUCGUUAGUUAUCGAUUUGAUCUGUAAAAAUACGAAAUGGUUUCUUAAUUUGGAUCAUUUUAACAAAUUUUCUGAAGAGCAAUUGAUCAAGUUUUUACAAAUAGAUGAUUUAUCAGUUGAAGAAUUUCAUGUUUGGAAUGCUGUACUUGGUUGGGCAUUUGUAAAAAAUGCUGACCUUAAUGAAAAACAUAUAACUCAAUGGUCCGUUCAAGAAAUUGAAUCUUUUAAAAAAACUUUAAAUCCAUUUAUCCCAUUUAUUAGAUUCUUUCAGAUGUCAAGUAAUAAAUAUUUUGAUUGUGUUCAUGAUUUUAAUAAAGUUUUACCAGAGGACCUUGUUAGUAAGUUACUUAAAUAUUAUUUAAAAGGAACUUUACCAACAAAUUACCUUAUAUCACCAUCAAGAAAAGUUCGAAUGAUUGAUUCGGAUUUCAUUACAUCAGAACAGGCUGAAAUAAUUUCAUGUUGGAUCGAAAAUAAAAAAUAUAAGAAAUCAAUGAAUCUUGAAUGGGAAUUCAAAUUUAAUCUUUUAUAUAGUACAAAAAGAAAUGGUAAUUCAGUCGAGAUGUUUCAUGAAUAUUGUGACAAUAAAGGCGCUACCAUUAUAUUAGUUAAAACUAAUCUUCAAAAUGAAAUUAUUGGUGGCUAUAAUCCAGUUUCUUGGGGAAAUAAUAAUGAAAGUAGUAGUGACUUUAAAUCAAAGGGUUCAUCAAAAUAUUUGCUCAAUGAUGGAGAUGAAAUUUCAUUAAUGGAUGUUGAUGAAGAAUUUAUAGUAGGAUCAUCAUCAUCUACUUCUUCACAAAAAAUGGUCUUGAAUGUUAAAAAUGUUAAUGGUGAACAAACUGAUCCCUUUUUAUUUUCGUUCAACAAAAAUAAUGAAAAUAAUAUGGGAAAAAUUAGUUCAUAUAACGUUUUGAAUUCUGUUCAUAAUUGUCACGAAUGUGGUCCGUGUUUUGGUACGACCGACCUGUGGAUUACGCCUAAUGCAGCACAUUUAACAAAAUAUACCGAUUUUCAUCAUCCUUUGGAAAAUUCUGGAUAUCAUCGGCAGGGUUCUUAUGAGAUUAAACUAAGAAAUAAACAAGGUAUCUUUCAAUUUAAAGAUUAUGAGGUAUUUCAGGUGAUUCAUGUUUAAAUGAUAAAGAACCAGUAGAACAAAUCCAUUUUCUUUUGGGAGAAAUUCAAUUUUGC